AUGAUGUUUGCUCUGCAGUACUGUUUGACCUUGGGGUGAAUGGAUUUUGCAUAGCGAUGUCUUUUCCAAUAAGUUAAAAGAUGCUGCACUAGUGACUCGACUACGGCAUUUUUUUUGUUGACCUCACUCAAUUUUCUCUCUCCAAUUCCUGCCAUAAUCUACGACAACUAACUGCGCCGGUGCUUGCAUCACAAAACCCCCGCCAACGCAGUGAACUUGACCAAAUAAUGGUGUCCCUGCCACCAAUGUUCAACCGCCGUCGGCGGCACCACGAUGGCCCUGAGCUACCGACGCACAACAAGCACUCCUCGUCGGGUCGGCGCGACAGCAGCGCAACCCGCGUGCUCGCCGAGGAGUAUAGCAUGCGGCGCCGCCCAUCAAUAAAAUUGUGGAUCAAGCUGCAUUGGCUGGACUUGUUGACUAUGGCCAUCUUUGGCGCGAUCACUCUCGGUAUCUUCCAAGCGCCUCUCAUAACCCACCGCCCAUUCCCCGUCCGCUUCAACAGCAACUCGGACGGCUCAUUUUCGUCCUUUGGCGAUAUCGUCUAUCCCGAAUUCGCCUACCCGCACCGGCCGCAGAUCGUGCCCAACUGGGCCGCCACCAUCGCGGCCAUGUUCUUCCCGAUCCUCGUCAUGGCGCUGGCGCAGAUCCGCGUGCGGUCCUUUUGGGACUUUUCCAACGGCGUCAUCGGCCUGCUCAACGCGCUCGUCCUCAGCACCUUUUGUCAGAUCCUGCUCAAGUGGCUGAUCGGCGGCCUCCGGCCCAACUUUUACGACACGUGCAAGCCGGACCUGUCUCUGGCCGCCAGCAGGAACGAGAGCGGCACAGAGGGCAUUGGCUACGGCGGCAUCAUGUACACGACGAAGAUCUGCACGGGCGACAAGAAGGAUAUUGAUAACGCGCUCGAGAGCUGGCCCAGCGGCCACACCACGGCCGCCUUUGCGGGCUUUGUCUACCUCAGCCUGUACCUCAACGCAAAGCUCAAGGUGUUUGCCAACCACCACCCGGCGCUGUGGAAGCUGGCCCUCGCUUACUUUCCGAUCCUGUGUGCCGUGCUCAUCGCCGGGUCGCUGUCUGUCGAUGGCAGCCACAACUGGUACGAUAUUCUGACGGGCAUGGUCAUCGGAAUCACAUUUGCGCUGUCGGCGUACAGGUCCGUAUACGCGUCGGUCUGGAACUGGCGUACCAACCACAUCCCGCUGCACCGCGGCCUCCCAUUCGGAGAAGAUGAGGAGGACGUUGUGGGCAUGCGGUGGACCAUGACCAGGAAGGCCGGGUGGGGAAGGCGGACCAAGGCCAAGGGCAUGCGUUUCGGGAAGAAGAAGCGGGGCACCGAUGGUGGUGUCGUCGGUGGUGAGAAGCAUGCGGCAGACCUAGGGCACGGAAACGGUAUGGCCCCUGCCAAUCACUAUGAGGGCAACAAUCUCAACAAUCUCAACAACGGCAAUAACGGCACGGAAUUUGGAGCCGGCCCUGCAGCGCCAGGCUCAGCAGCGAUGAGACAUGAUCCUGGCGUCCCGACGCAGCAUGAAGUGCGGCGCGGGGGAGACAAUUUUGUCUAGAGAGUUUGCAGCAUGGAUACGGACCCUGGCGGUGGUAAUAAUAAGCAAUAAGCAACGACUGUACGACUGUUAGUAACGGCGUUUGGUUGGUGACUUGAGAUUGGAUAGCGAGUAUACCCGUUAUUUUGUGGUUACGAUUGUACUUUUGACUAGGGAUAUUAGGCACCGGAUACCAUACCAAGUACCAAAUAAAAAUUAAUACUCAG